CUACUGUUAUCGUACAGUUAUGACAUAUUUUAAGGAAAACGCGAAUUGUUCUUUGAAGAUAUUAUUAAAGUCUACUACUCACUAAUCAUAGAUUUUCUUUGUGCACAGGCAAGCAGUUGGUCUAAUAAUAAUAAUAAUUUCAUAAAGCAAAUAGCUCGAGUGUUAAUUUGCGUACGCCCCGUUGAUGCAAUCUCCGUGGAUAUAAAAUUGGACAACAAAAUGGACCCUUCUGAAUAUACAAUAACAAUAAAAGAAGAGCCAAUCGAUUCAGAGAUCUGCGAUGAUUUGUCGCCAGUUGAUACAAAUACAGGGAAUAAAAAUGAAACAGCGACGUUUAAAGGUGAAUCUUCGGACGACGUUUAUUGUAACAAUGAAGAAUCCGCGUUUCCUCAAGAAAGUACGUAUUUAGAAAAUAACAAAUCGGAUCCUGAUAAACGAAAAAGUAAACAUAAAGUACCUUCAAACAACAGAAUAAGUUGCAAUGUUUGUUUGUUAACUUUUCAAGCUAAACAUUUAUUGGAACUGCAUAAUAAAUUAUAUAGCUGUAAUGUAUUUAAGUGUGAUAAUUGCACUGCAAUCUUCACUAUGCAUAUUUCGUUAAUACGUCAUUUAAAGAAGCGAUGUUGUACGAAAAAAUUGUCUGGAUAUAAGUGUAAUUUUUGUAACCGAAAGUUUUCCUAUAAAAGACAUGUCCAGUCUCAUUUAUUCCAUGCGCAUAGGAACGCAAUAUUUUCUGGUGGAAGCAAAAUUACGAAAACAUCUCCUGAAUCGUUAGGAAAGUCGAAUCAUUCGGAUGAUAUAAUCAUGGAAGAAUCAAAAACUUCACACAGUCCCUGCUCAAAGAACGUAAAUAGCUCAAUAAACAUAUCUUUGAAACUAUCUAAUGAUUCAAAGUCUAAUGGUUCAAACAAUACACCCACCAAGGGUUCGAGCAGCAAUAUCAAGUCUACGCAUCCGAAAUGGUUAAACGAUUCGCAUGGUACACCUUCGAAAAGAAUGAAGCAAUCCGUCCUUACAGACUUCAUAUCGACGUACAAAGACAAACCGAAUGACAGAUGGGUUAGCCCGGAAAAAGUUAUCGAUACGGAGAAUAUUCCUAUUACUGCGACUAUUAUUCCAACUUUAACGCUCGAGACAUUUAACAAUGAUAUCUUUAUUACUGAAAGCUCGAAUACCUCGCACAAUAUGUCUUACAACCUUAGGCCAGUGAAAAGAUGUUCUUCUUUAUAUGAUUCUUACGAUUUAUUGGAGUGUAAAGAAUGUGUGGUCCGCUUGGAGAAAUGCGACAAAUUCUUGGAGCCUACUAGUUUUGUGUCAAAUGAAGAUGAAGACGAAGACGAAGUCGAAGACACUUUCAAACGAGCAGUAUCGAAAAAUGUGAAAGAGAAAUUUGAAGGUUUUCGCGAAACAAGCUCGACAUGUAACUUGCCUUUGAAAGCUGACACGAUUGCGUCAAAGCGAUUCAAUGAAUUUGUAAAAUCUUUCGCUGAUGGAUUAAUCGUACCUCAACAAGAAUCGGUUGAAUUUCAGAAGAACUUUAAAGUCUGUCAGCAGAAAAUAAUUCAAUGUCAUAUUUGUAAAAAAUCGUUUUCUUCGAAGGAAAACCUGCGCGAGCACAUGAAAUUGUUCCAUACGAUUUACAUUUCGAGCAUAUGCAACGCGCGUUACACGUCCAUGAAUAAGUUACUAACUCACUAUCUACGUCAGCAUGGUGUGUUUAAACGAAGGGAAUGUUGCGUGUGUUAUGAGAAGUUUGACACGUCGGCACUGUUGAAGCGACACAUGAUUCUGCAUUGUUUGAAGACCAUAAGGUCAAAAAAGGACGCUUCACCGGUUGAUAUUGAAAUAAAUUGCAAUGCAUUCAAGAAACAACACAAAUGCAAAGGUUGUCGUAAACGAUUUUGGCUAUACUCAUGUUUGAAACAACACGAGAAUGUAUGUCGUCGAAUGAAAGUGUUAAGAAAUAAACAACGCGUACCUCGUAUAAACCAUUCGUCUCGGUCCUUGAAAGAAUCAAGUGACAUGGAACUCGGCAUAGUACAGUCGCUUGAUUUGGAACAAACGUUGGAUGUUUCGGGUGGGACGACAAGAUCUUUGAAAAAUUAUUUGACUCCGAGUGCGCUUAAUACGGAUGAUACUUCCUCUUCGUCAUUCGAUACAGCUGCAAAACACAGAAGGUUACUUGAUGGGAUUGCAUGUGUAAAGGGUCAUCAAGCCGACAAGAUGAACAGAAAAAAGUUUCCUUGCACUACUUGUGGAACACAAUUCCAAACAUUUAAAAAUUUGUGCAUACACGAGCGCACCUAUCGUCAAACAGCCACAGAAAAGUGUAACGUUUGUAACACGAUGUUUUCCACUAAAAGAUUCUUACAGUUUCACAUGCUUGCUACUCAUGCGCCUUCGUGUUCGGUGAACUACAAAUUCUUUUGUAAGUUCUGCAAUCAAGGAUUUGUUAAGAAACAGAGUCUUCAAAUUCACGAACGACACUUGCAUAUUGGGCAAGAUUCUAGGCUGGUGCUGAAUUCCGAUUGUGUUGUGGAAGAUAAACCAAUCUGUAAUAUAUGCCAUUUGUUAUUCGAAUCCUACGAACGUUUAGUCGAGCAUAACACGUAUUAUUACAAGGGUAAUGAUUUUUUAUGCGCAAUAUGUG